AUGACAAUAUCAGAGAAGCCUCAAUAUGAUUGCAUUAUCCUCAACGGCACCGUUGUAACCGCGGCAGAUGUAGGCUGUUACGACAUCGCCAUCAAGGAUGGGAAAAUCAUGCUUCUUGCGCCAACAGGCUACUUGGCAAGUGCUCCGGCCACGCGUGUAAUUGAUGCCGAGGGUGCUUAUGUUAUGCCCGGUGGUAUCGAUGCCCAUGUUCAUCUCGCGGAACCCCCAUUGUUCGGCAAAGGUCGAACUGCAGACGAUUAUGCAACAGGAACAAAAUCCGCAAUUGCCGGAGGCACAACCACUAUUAUCAGUUUCGCCCCGCAGGACAAAUCCCAGUCAUCGCUGCUAGGAGCACUCGAUGAAACUAGCAUCAAGGCAGCUAACCAGGCAUAUUGCGAUUACUCCUUUCAUCUUCUGGUUUCCAACCCGACCAGCCAAGCAUUAGACGAAUUUUCGAUACUACGAGAGCGAGGCAUUUCCUCCAUUAAGAUUUAUAUGACUUACGAGGCGCUACAACUACGAGAUAACCAGAUUCUGGACGUUCUACUCAAAGCGCGUACAGAAGGCAUUACAACAAUGAUACAUGCAGAAAAUGGCGAUGUUCUAAACUGGAUGACCAAGCAACUGGAGGACCGCAGCCUCCUAGCUCCUAAGUACCAUGCAACCUCCCGGCCCCAGAUCCUGGAAACAGAAGCCACCAACAGAGCUAUUGCGCUCGGCGAGCUGAUCGACACUCCGAUUUUGAUUGUGCAUGUGUCUUCUCCUUCGGCCGCCGAGGUCAUCCGCCGAGCCCAAACAAAAGGCCUACCAGUAUAUGCGGAAACGUGUCCCCAAUAUAUGAUACUCACUCGUGACGACCUCGAUAAGCCAGGCUUCGAGGGUGCCAAGUGUGUCUGCUCUCCUCCACCACGAGAAGGUGCUGAAGACCAUGAGGGUAUUUGGGCAGGCUUGCAAAAUGGCACAUUUACCAUUCUGUCCUCCGAUCACUGCCCUUUUGUAUUUGAUGAUUCAGAAAAUGGCAAGAAGGCUGCUAUCACAGCAGAAUUCCCACAGGGCCACUUUAAAUACAUCCCCAACGGAUGCCCCGGUGUCGAAACUCGCCUCGCACUUACAUUGAGUGCCAACCGUCUGACACCACAAAAGUUUGUUGAGCUUACUAGCUCUAACCCAGCGAAGAUUUACGGUCUCUAUCCCCAGAAAGGUGCUCUCAUUCCCGGUUUAUCCGAUGCUGACCUGACGAUUUGGUAUCCUUCGUCCACUCUUGACCCGUUCCCAAUUCAAAACUCCACCCUGCAUCAUAAUGUUGACUACACCCCAUACGAGGGGAAAAUGGUCUCACAAUGGCCCCGGUAUACAUUAAUUAGAGGGGAAGUUGUGUGGGAUCGGGAUAAUGGGGGGGUUGUAGGAAAGAAAGGAUAUGGUCAAUUUGUGAAGCGUGAUCGCAGCAGUCUGUCAAGUAGUAAUUCAUCACCUUGGAACAUUGAGAACUUCUAG